AGUCGUAUUUUCAUCCGAGCCGAUGCUUUGGGAAGUAACGUGGUGCAGGUGUGCCCGCCCAGGCCCGAAGCCGCGAGUCCCCACCAGCCCGGUGGGCCGCGACAGAGCCCUCCUAUAAACGAGUGGGAGGAAUGAGGCGCGCGGGCGGGGUGCGGGUGCCCCCAAGCCCUGCCCCUGCCAGCCGACGGCGGGAUCGGGACCCCGGGCAAGGGGUCCCUGCGUUCAUGCCAGAAAUGAAAAGCUGACCGCUUGCUCGGGUGGAAGGCUGGCUCCCGGGACCCCCGGAAGCCGCCGGAAGGUGCCGCCGCCGGACGGGACUCUAAGAUGAAGUUAUGGGAUGUCGUGGCUGUCUGCCUGGUGCUGCUCCACACCGCGUCCGCCCUCCCGCUGCCCGCCGGUAAGAGGCCUCCCGAGGCGCCCGCCGAAGACCGCUCCCUCGGCCGCCGCCGCGCGCCCUCCGCGCCGAGCAGUGACUCAAACGUGCCGGAGGACUAUUCUGAUCAGUUUGAUGACGUCAUGGAUUUUAUUCAGGCCACCAUCAGAAGGCUGAAAAGGUCACCCGAGAAACAAAUGGCCGUGCCAGCGAGACGAGAGCGGAAUCGUCAGGCCGCGGCCGCCGGCCCGGAACAUUCCAGGGGGAAGGGGCGGCGAGGCCCGAGGGGCAGAAACCGGGGUUGUGUCUUGACUGCGAUACAUUUAAACGUCACUGACCUGGGCUUGGGCUACGAAACCAAGGAGGAACUGAUUUUUAGGUACUGCAGCGGCUCCUGCGACGCGGCCGAGACCAUGUACGACAAAAUAUUAAAAAACUUAUCCAAAAGUAGAAGGCUGGCGAGUGACAAAGCAGGGCAGGCUUGCUGCAGACCCAUCGCCUACGAUGACGACCUGUCGUUUUUAGAUGACAACCUGGUUUACCAUAUUCUAAGAAAGCAUUCCGCUAAAAGGUGUGGAUGUAUCUGACUCCGGCUCCAGAGACUGCUGUGUAUUGCAUUCCUGCUACAGUGCAAAGAAAGGGACCAAGGUUCCCAGGAAAUGUUUGCCCCGAAUGAAAGAUGAGGACCAAGGAGGCAGAGGAGGAGGAGGAGGAAGGAGGAGGAGGAGGAGGAAGGCAGCCGUUGGGGGAGCCUGGUAGAGGGAGAUCCAGCUACGGAGAAGCGGACGGGAGUGGAAACAGCCACCUGGACCCUCCCGGCCGGCAGCCCAUGUCACCAGAAGCUCAGGGCUGGUGUCCCCGGGUGGGUGUUUCCUCCCACCCGACAAGCCCACCGUGGCCCGGCGCGGGCGCAGUGGCGGAUGCACUUGAAACCAAACCAGUGUAUCUCCUGUGGUUUCUUUUCCCUUGUCUGGAGACAUCCAGGAAACGGGAAUCCUGGGGUCGUUCCUUGUGACGUUUCACUGCUGAAAGCAAGAAAGGUUUAUUUUUCUGUCACUCAGCGGAGACAUACCCCGGAGAGGAGGAAGAAAAACAAAAACAAAACAAAAAAGCAAAGACACAAGAGAUCGUUACCUUUGAAUUUGAACGUUGAGGCCCGAGGUUUGCUACAGCCAGCAGUUUUUGUGGACGGUCGGUGAUGGAUUUUGAACAUGGUGCGUGGGGUGGGAAGAAGUUGGCUGGGAACCCAAAAGUUGGUCCUCAAGACUAAAAACAAACCUGAAGGUAUUUCCUUUGUGUCCUUGGAAACAGGAAACCAGUUGUGGUUUUCGGCAGCAUUCUUGCAGGAGAUCGAGUGGGGAAGGCCCCCAGCUGCCCCGGGGCAGGGGGACCCGCCGGGCCUGUCGGUUUACAGAGAGACAGAUGUUACAUACCCCCAGCUCCGUUUAUGCGUGGUCACCAGUGACCAGAGAAGCUACUCGAUGCAAUGCAUCUGUUUCAGAUACAGAAAUAUAGAGAAGAUAUUUAUUGAGAUUUAAGUUAUUGUUAUUUAUUACCGUUCACUAAUGAGUUGCUCUUUUUUUCCUUAUUUAUUAAAGUUUCUUUUCAAAGGUGCCAAAGUACAUGUGCUCGCAAAAAUGCAAAGAAAGGUGACAAAGGAAAUUUUAAUUGGGAACAAGGGUCCAUGCUUUUCAAAGUAUUAAAAAGUUUCUCGCUAGGCAAAAAUCACUUACUUUACCUUUUUUAAAAGCCCUCCUUAAUCUCCCCGAUUUCAGCUUCUUUCCUAUUUUUAUUCUUGAAAAAUGGAACGUGUCAGAAGGAGCGCUUCUAACAGGCCCCCUUGGGGAGCCCGCUGGCACUGGUUUUACUUCCUCACUGCCCCAUGGCUGAGCAGAUGUGCCUCACGCCCCCCUUCCUGUUGUAUGUAGCUCUCACUCCCUCCCACAUGUAUCUAUCUAUGAUAUGCAUUACCGUAUGUAUGAGGGGUUACAUCCCUUUUAGUAGGUAGUCCUGGAUUCGGUGUUGACCUAAAAGUAAACUAAAAAUCCUAACAGGUAGCCACGGUUCUGCCCUGACUUGUGGAGACUUUUCCUCCAUCCUUCCAUCCACCCACCGCCUUCUAGGGAAACAUGCUCGUGCCCAGGGCAGCCAAGGAGCACGUUGCCGGCCUUCCAGAAAUGGGAUCUACCUGGUUGCCAUAAAAGCCCCUUGGCUGUCACCUUGGGGCCACAGUGGCCGUCCCUGUCAGAAGAAGGUGGCCCAGAAGGGAGGACGAGGAACACGUGUCUGGCCCAGCCACAUCCACACAGCAAGGCUCAUAGGCACAGUGUCCUCCUACCUGUGUGCUGACAGCCUCUGGAGGGGAGGGGGCGUAGGAUGGGAACCAGCCGCUCACAUGAGCCCCGGAGCCGGGUUUGCCUGGCAGCUGAGCCCCGCACGAUGCACUGGGCCCUAUGUUAGAGUUUGUUGCGUGUCUCAUAAAGGGAUCUUUAUCAAGGAAAUCAUCUAUCACUACCUGAGUGGCCAUUAGCCCUAAAGUAUGACAGAUUUAGCAAUGAAAUGACCUACUGGCCUCCCUCAAAUAAUCAUGUUAAUUUUGCAAAGUAGCCAAGAGGCAGCAUUUACCAGACAUCCCUUCCCCUAAGCCCCAAGCUGGCCAUCAUUCUGUCCCUGUCUUUUCUGCUCCCUUGCACAACUUGGAAAUAAAGGGAAAGAACCCC